AUGAUGAUGCGCUUCAAGUCGACCCCCAUUGAAGAUAUCGUGGGAAAAGAGAUCGCCAACGUUCUUCCCGAUUACGGAAAGCCCUGGUACAGAGUGAAGCAUCUUCUUGUUCUUAACUUGCUUUUGCUUGUGCCACUUCUCUCUGCGGCUACAUCUGGCUACGACGGUUCAUUGAUGAACGGGCUUCAGUCAAUGGAAGAAUGGAGAAGUGAAUUCAAUAACCCCCGAGGAACAAUGCUUGGCUUUAUAAAUGCUGCUCAGAACUUUGGUGGUAUCAUUGCUCUUCCUUUUUGCGGCUGGCUCACAGAUUACAUUGGAAGAAAGUGGACUUUGACCAUCGGUCUUUUUGGUAUCGUUGUUGCUACAGUUAUCCAGGCUACUGGUCAUGUUCUUGGUCAGCUUAUUGCAUCCAGAUUUAUCAUCGGAAGCGCUAACAUGUUGGCAGCCCAACCAGCUCCAUUGUUGGUGGCUGAGUUGUCGUAUCCAACAUUCAGAGGUAAGCUUACGUGUUUGUACUGGGCUACAUACUACGUUGGUGCAAUCUUGGCUUCUUGGUCUUGCUAUGGAUGUACUGGAAGAGGUGACUCAUGGGCAUGGCGUAUUCCUACGAUUCUCCAAAGUGCGUUCCCAAUUAUUCAGAUAGCUUUCUUAUACUUUGUGCCUGAAAGUCCCAGAUGGCUUGUGUCCAAAGGAAGAGUUGAUGAAGCAAAAGAAAUUUUGAUCAGAUACCAUGCUGCUGGUGAUAAGGAAAGCCCACUUGUUGAACAAGAACUUGGGGAGAUUUCAUCAGCCUUGGAAAUGGAGAGUCUUGCCAGCCAAACCACCUGGCGUGCUUUGGUGGCUACUCCAGGCAACAGAAAGCGUACUUUCAUUGCAGUCACCUUGGGUAUCUUCUCACAGUGGAGUGGUACCGCCGUUGUGUCUUACUACUUUACCUUGGUUCUUAACACCAUUGGUAUUACCUCGUCGUCCAUGCAAACGUUGAUCAACGGUUUCUUGCAGAUUUUCAACUUCGUGUUUGCUACAUUAUCAGCUUUGUUAGUUGACUUCUUUGGAAGAAGACUUCUUUUCUUAUGGUCAGGUAUCGGUAUGCUUAUUUCAUAUAUCAUUUGGACAGCGUGCUCAGCAGUCUUUGAACAAACAGGAUCUGUGGCUGCGGGAAGAGCUGUGGUUGGCUUUAUCUUUAUCUUUUUCUUCCACUAUGAUAUUGCCUAUACGCCAUUGCUUCUUGGGUACCCUACGGAAAUCUUCCCAUACUCCUUGCGGUCUAAAGGUGUUUCUGUUGUGCUUUUCAUGUGUUACGCCUCCUUGGUGAUUUCUUCCUUUUGUAACUCCAUUGCUAUGGAUAACAUUGGAUGGCGCUACUAUAUUGUGUUUUGCGUCAUUCUCGUCUUCGUGGUGCUCAACACAUACUUCUUCUAUCCCGAGACCAAAGGCUACUCUUUGGAAGAAAUUGCCGUAUUGUUCGAUGGUGAACCGGAAGUGGACUUGGAGGAUCUGUUGUUCAAGGACCAAGCUGACGAUUUACACACACUGCCUUCAGCCAAGAAGACCCAGGUUGUCCAUGUGGAGACUGUAAGCAAGGCUGAGUAG